CCACUUAUAUCAUUUACAAUUCUUUUCACGAGAAUGCAGUUGUGCACUGAUUACAGCAAACAUAAGACACGCGACAAGAGAUAGAAUAGUUGAUAAUUAAAAAAAUAACAAAUAAACUUAUAAAUUAAAAGAAAAAUCCAAUUAUGACUUUUGAUAAGUUAUCAUUGUUAUUACUAUUGAUAACGAUAAAUCAAGUGAAUUUAGUGAUUAGUCAGCAAGGACGAUUGGGAAUAGUGUAUCAGUGGAAAUAUGUAGAUUGGGUUUGGCCAAAUGUAUUGUUGACUGAAAAAAAUCAUAUUAUUGAAAAUCCAUUUACGCAAGAUGUUGAUGUUGAUCUGAGUGGACGUGUGUUCGUUACUACUCCGCAGUGGUUAGAAGGGACGCCGAUAACAUUGUCCGUUGUUACGGAUUUAAAGGGUCCUGGCGGUCCAUUAUUGACCCCUUAUCCACAUUGGUCAUGGCACACACUUACAGACUGCGAUAAACUUAUUUCUGUUUAUCGUAUUGCGAUCGACGAGUGCAAUAGACUGUGGAUCGUAGAUGUGGGUCGUAUUUCCGAUAAACGAAUUUGUCCGAUGAAAAUAAUGAUAUUUGAUUUAUUUACGGAUCGGUUGAUUCACAAAUACGUUAUUCCAAGCAGUCAAACAUUUGGAAUGACUUCAUUGGUAACACCAAUUGUUGAUAUUAGCUCAUCGUGUAGUGACGCUCAUCUCUAUAUUGGCGAUGUUGCUGAAAAUGGUAUAGUUGUGUAUAAUUUACAACACGAUAUAUCAUGGAGAAUAAAUAAUACAUAUGGGAAUGCAUUUGGUCCUGAUGCGGAUGCUAUGAACAUUACUAUUGUUGGUGAAUGGUUUGAUCUUACUGAUGGUAUUUUGGGAAUGUCAUUAUCACCACCUGGAUUUUUUAAGCAAAGAUAUUUGUACUUCAAUUCAUUAUCGAGUUACAAACAAAAAUUUAUGAGUACAGACAGUUUAAAAAUGCCAGGUUACUAUCAGCCAUUAAUGUACGAAUCAAUUAUCAAGCGGCCAAGCCAGGCUGGAGUACAAGCCACAUCUAAAGAAGGUGUACUAUUUUUCCAACUUGUUGAGUAUACAGCCGUAGCCUGCUGGAAUAUCGAACGGCCAUUUACUACAGACAACAUUGAAAUAAUAUCACUUGACGAAGAAGCACUACAGUAUGUCAGUGGUAUUAAGGUUACAACGAAUGCUGAAGGUGUUGAAGAAUUAUGGCUGAAUACCAACAGACUACAAAAAACAAUAAAUAAGACACGAAAACCCACAGAAGUUAAUUUCCGAGUUAUCGUUGGUAUUGUUAAAGAUAUAAUUAGAGGCACUAAAUGUGAACCUACUGGCUUACGUAAUCAGUAUCCAGAUGUUUCAACUUGGCGAAGAAUAUAUUGAAGAUUCGAAAAUAAUAUAAUACUCUAUACUAUUUAAGAACACUAGGAAAUUUUUGUAUAAACCACAUAAAUAUGAGUAAAAGUGUUGUAUAAUAAUUUUGUACCGCUCAAAUAGUAUCAAUUUACAUUUGUGUCUAUUUAUAUUUUUGAAUUAUCUAGCACCAAAGGACUCAUCAAAUGCGUAGAGCUAAUGUCAACGCACUGUGUCCAAGACCACACGGAGAAGAAUAUUGUCUCGAAACCUACCAACUUUUACAAUGGUGUCAACCAAACUUGAAACAUGAAGUGAAGCAUCAAAAAAAUUGUUGUGCUCUUAUAAAAAAUGAUUUUGCUGUAUCACAAUACUUGUUGGGUUCCUCACAGAGGCUAAUUAUGAAAUUCAACUUAAUACAAAAGGCGUUGCUUAGUCGAUACAAGAACAGCAGUUCUAUCUUCUAAGACCUUUUACCUUCUACUGACUUAUUAUUGUCAUUUACUGAGUUUUUAAAGGGUCUAAAUUAUCCCUUUGGAAGAUUUGAAGGGGUAAAUCUGAGUAACUUCGUUAUGAAAAAAGGGUGAAACUACAAUUUAGAAAGUCUGGGUAAACGCUAGAGUUAGAGAGUUUUCCACGUACUCAAGGGUAGUCAGGUGGGUGAAAUCUAGCUUUCUAAAAGUGAAAUCUAUUUAAAAGUACCUUAAAAUUGCCCAAAGGAUUGAGUCAUCCAACAUACUUACUACGCACGAGAAACUUAUCGAUAAGCUUUAUUAAAAAUUACUUUCAUACAUUAUAAUAACUGUGAUCCAGCAUAAUAGUUUUUUGGAUGCUUUAAUUUCUGUUUCAAGUUUGGUCGACAGCAUAAUAAAAAUUGUUAGCUUGGCAGUGAUAGGCGACCGAUAGUAACCUGUCCCUAGGAAUUUACUUACAGAAGUCAGAGUUGGGAUUUGCUAGAAAAAAUUCCCCAAAUCCCCCAUAAAAAAAUCUAAAAAACGGUCGACCCUGUGUGUCAAUCCCAAAGCUUCCCACUGUUCUAGCUCGAAAAUGCUAUUAUAGGUAAACUUUUGAACUCUUCGAAAUCCGGAAAUAGUCAGAAUAGCUUUCUAGGAUCGCAGAACGUUGAGAUCUAAUGAAAACUCGAUUUUCGAAAAUCGGACUUAAACCAAUAACUUCCCUUUUUUUGAAAAUUUUCAAUUUUUAUAGCGGAACGUUAAAAAUCCCAGACAUCUCGCCCUUCAUGUGCACCGACAAAAU